CACUUCGUCUCGGCACGAAGGCCUGGGAGGGGAUAAGCGAGGUUCUGUUUGGAGGAGAGGAUGUUGCUGCUGCGAGCCGCCAGGACGGCGGCCACGGUUGCCGCCGGCGCCAGGAGGAAACCCGGCCUCCUACCUGUCGCCGUCGCUGGUAUCUCCUCCUCGUCAGGAGCACCAUCGGGUGGGAGGCGGAGGAAGGGCCAGCGGCGGGGCGAGGCCAAGCCCCAACCCCAGCCCCAACCCGAGGUCCCGAGCAAGAAGAAGCCAAACGCGAGGUCGGCCAAGGACAGGAAGGCCCGCCCGGUGGAAGAGGCGCAAGGCCAGGAGAUUGAGUUUGAGUUGGUGAAGCUGCAGCCGGAGAAGCCGAAGCGGGUGGUCAAGUGGCGGUGCGCGACGGGGUGCGGCGCGUGCUGCAAGCUGGACAAGGGCCCCGAAUUCCCGACCCCCGACGAGAUCUUCUCCGACUUCCCCGACCAUCUCGAGCUGUACAAGAGCAUGAUUGGCCCUGAUGGAUGGUGCAACAACUACGACAAGACUAACCGAACCUGCAACAUCUACGAAGACCGGCCAUUCUUCUGCAGGGUGGAGCCAAAGGUUUUUGACGAGUUCUUUGGCGUGCCACGCAGCAAAUUCGACAAGGAAGCCUGCAGUGCUUGCGUGGAUAACAUCAAGAUGGUGUAUGGGCAAGACUCUGCUGAGCUUGGGAACUUCAAGCGUGUCAUAAAGGAGGAAAGCAAGAAGCAUGAAGAAAGCAUGAAAGAAGUCCAAUUGUUGGAUACCUAGCUCUCAUGGCCCAGGGGCUUAGAAAUGGCACUAUGUCAGUGAAGAUGGUCUUGCAACUGUAACAUGUUAAGCUAGUAGCUGAUGCAUUGGGCUUUGUUUCAGGUAAAACUUAGAAGCUAUCAAUAUUAUUAUGCAAAUGACCACACAUACGUUGGUACCUCAUUGAUUUCGGAAUAUACAUCACUCCCCGGAGACCGGAACAGUUGAAACUGGAACAGGAGGUGUUCCAUGCUCAUAGAGUCAUAGAAGGUGAUCUGAGCUGGUGGUAUGCCAUUUCUGACCUAUGAAUGAGUGUAAAUCUAAGUUUAAUAACCUUUCUGGUUAAGAAGUUGGUUUAUUCUUUCUUUUUAGAAUUUUUUUGGGCACUGCACUGUCAAAAUCUGAUGAUAAUAUAGUAAUCUCAUUCUAA